GGCUACCGCGAUAAGGAAGCGGCAAGUAACUACCGCGACGUGAAAGCGGCAGGAAGAUCUCGCGACUUGGAAGCGAAGGAAGGCUACCGUGACUUGGCAACGGUUUGGUACAGAUUUUAUUGUUGUUGUAGUAGAAUGGAAGGUAAAGCAUUUUCAAACCUUCCACCAUUUACGUUCGCGGGCGUAGACCUUACUGAUCGAAGACAAAAAUGGCACACCUGGAAGAGAGGUUUUGAAAUUUGCCUCAGGGCGGCUAAGAUAACGGAUUCGAAUGAGAAAAAGGAUGUUUUGUUGGCGCAUGGUGGUUUUGAACUCCAGGAAAUCUUUUUCAACAUUCCUGGCGCGGAUGUCGCCGAAGACAAGGAAAAAAAGAUUGAUCCUUAUGACGUGGCUAUCAGAAAACUCGAUGAAUAUUUUGCUCCGCAGCGCCAUGAAGCUCAUGAAAGAUACAUUUUCUGGGCCAUGAAACCAGAACCUGGUGAAACAUUAGCUAGAUUUGUAAUGCGAACACAGGUUCACGCAAGUAAGUGUAACUUCGGGAGAACUGCAACCGAAAGUUCCGAAUUAGCAGUUGUUGACAAGACACUGCAAUUUGCUCCUACACAUUUACGGGAGAAGUUGCUUCAGGAAUCAAAUCUGUCUUUGGAAGAGACAAUCAAACAGACAAAUGCUUACGAAACUAGCCGAGCCGCAAGCGAGCAGAUCAGCGGACAGAGCGCUCAUCAUCAACCGGUGACAACAGAAUAUGUUCAGCGUAUGGGAACACAAUGUCGAUUUUGCGGAAAAUACCAUACCUCUCAGCAAGGUUGUCCUGCAUGGAACAAAUCCUGUUCUUAUUGUGGUAGACGUGGCCACUUCCAGGCGGUUUGUUUCGAUAAUCCCAGUAAUAGUGGUUUAACAUCGAAACCUACUACGAGUACAGCACCGAAACGAGUGAACCCAGCUCAUCCUGAAGAUCGUGCGAUUAUGAACAACAAAGGCCAACACAUUCGAAACCACAGCGGUGUGGAGGAAGAGCAGGUUGAACUUGUCGAGAUGGUGUGGUCUGCAAAUGAAAGAGAUGAACUGUUGUGGGCAGAAGUUGGAGGAGUACUCAAUGAGAUGCAAAUUGACUCAGGAGUUCAGUCUAACAUUAUUGAUGAUUGCAUAUGGAAUAUGAUGGUUAAAAAUGGUGUUCAAACGGUUGGUGACUUGCAACGUCCGGAUCGGAAGUUCAAAGCAUAUGCUCAAAAAGAUUGUUUGGAAGUGUCACAUAUGUUCGAAGCAGAAAUAGUGGUUCAUGAUAAAAACAAUCAGCUGAAAGCCAGGGCAGUGUUUUAUGUAGUGAAGAAUGGACCCCAACCGCUUUUGGGAAAGAAAACUGCGAUGCAACUUGGAGUGUUAAUAGUUGGUCUUCCGAGCCAGCAUGAGUCGCUACACAGUAUGAAAGUUGCACAACCGUUCCCAAGUGUACGUGGAGUUAAAAUACACUUGCCAGUGGAUAAAUCGGUACCGUCAGUUGCGCAGCGUUUGCGUAGGCUUCCGUUUGCUACUCUCGAGCAGGUUGAAUUAAAAUUGAAUGAAUUACUUGCGAAAGAUGUAAUUGAAAAAGUUGCGGAGCCUAGCAGAUGGGUGUCACCUAUGGUUAUUGUCUUAAAAGAUAGCGGGGAGAUACGGUUGUGCAUUGAUAUGCGGCAGGUAAAUAAUGCCAUUCUUCGUGAAACACAUCCAUUGCCAACCAUUGAAGAUAUUCGUUGGAAAUUGAAUGGAGCGAUCUACUUUUCGAGGCUGGAUAUUAGAGAAGCUUGCCACCAGUUGGAAUUAGACGACGAGAGCAAACCAAUAACUACAUUUAUAACUCAUAAGGGAUUGUACCGAUACAAACGUUUGGUUUUUGGGAUAUCCUGCGCACCGGAAAUGUUCCAGAAAGUAAUUGAACAAAUUUUGGCUGAUUGUGGAUGUGCGGUUAACUUCAUAGAUGACAUCAUUGUGUUCGGGAAAACGGAAGCAGAACAUAAUGAAUCAUUUGCGAAGGUUAUGAGCAAGAUGCGUGAAUAUGGCAUUCUUUUGAACCAGGAAAAAUGCGUUUUCGAACUAAAAGAGAUUGAUUUUUUGGGCCACCACUUCGAUGGAAACGGAAUGAUUCCUACACUUUCGAAAGUUGAAGCAAUUAAGAAUUUUCGGGCCCCUGCUAAUGCAGAAGAGGUACGCAGCUAUCUUGGACUGGUGAACUACGUUGGAGCUUUUAUACCGGAUCUGGCAACCAUUUCAUUUCCGCUAAGAGAAUUGACCAAGAACAAAUCAGUUUUCAAAUGGGAUACUGAGGAGAAACGGGCUUUUGAGCAGCUUAAUAAACUUAUUGCUAAAGUGGAAGCUCUCUCUCAUUUUGAUCCAAAGUUGAAAACGAGAGUAGUUGCCGAUGCGUCUCCAGUAGGCUUAGGAGCAGUUUUGCUUCAGUUUGAUGCUAUAUUAACGGUUACUGAUAAGCAAGGACCACGUGUAACGGUACAGAGUACCGUCACAAAUAAAAUCUACGAUCGAAAUUCCAGUCAUCUUAAACGUUUGCCCCUGCAGGUAGAGAAUCCCGAUAGCGCAGUAGGACAGGAGGAUAAUGCUGGUGACGUGGAGGAUGCCAAUACACAGAGUUCUCAAAGAAUGGAUUCACAGGUGAUUUUUAGUGAACAGACUGAGCAGGAUCGAAGCCCAUUAAUUUCAGAACCGAAUAAAGACACUCAACGUGGAAGAUCGCAGAGAGUUAUAAGAAAACCCAUCAGAUUCAACGACUGA